CGUUCAACCAAAUUCACAAACCUAUUUACCGAUACCAAUGCAGCUACCCGCGCCAAUCUCCUCCUCCUCCCCCUCCUCCCGUUUCUCGAUCGCCGGAGAAUGAAAUAAAAGAAAUUCAGCUCUUGUUGCUCUUCGCAAUUGCUUUUCUCUUUCACGUUUUGAAUAAGGUCGUACAAUUUGAUACCGAUGGCAUGGUUAAGAUCGGCGAUGAACAAGGCUGCGGAAGUACGCGGCAGGUCCACUUUCAGAGACGUGGUUCGCUCUCACACCGGUUACAUCAGCCUCCCUGGCAAUGCAGACUCCAAGGACGACAAGAAGUUGAAAGCUCGGAACAUGAAUAGCUACAAGGAGGCAAUUAGAAGGCUUGAAGAGGCUUCUGUUUCUUCUAAAGGGGAAGAAAGAGUUCAACUGCUAAGAAGAUGGUUAGCUUCUCUAAGAGAAAUUGAAAGACAAAAUGCAGUUUCAACUGAGAAUGAUGAGAAAAAUUCCAAGGAAAUUUGUACACCAAAUGAUAAGAAUCACUCUCCUGGAAAUCCAGAUGUUGAGCUAUACUAUGACCCAGAUCUUGGUGUAUCACCAGUGAAUUUCCGUGAUGUUUUGCUCCACAGUGAGGCUCUUGAAGGCAUAACAAUGUCUAUGAUUGUUGGAGCACCAAACAAGGAAGAAAUCUUGCUACUACAUGAGCUAUUUGGGCUGUGUCUUACAGGAGGGGAGGAAGUCCAUGAUGUAAUUGUGAACAGGAUCCUAGACUUGUCAAAAGCUUUCUCAGUUUAUGAUGAUGAAGUGCUGGCAAAGAGGAAAGAAUUGCUUCAAUUUGCUCAAGAUGCAAUUGCUGGGCUGAAAUUAAAUGUUGACAUAUUGAGAAUAGAUUCUGAAGUCUCAGAAAUACAUCGAAACUUGAAAAAGUUUGAACAUCAUGAAUUUUCAAUUGAGAGUGAUCCAACUUCUUUGGAUGCAACAAACGAUGUAACACUGGAGGUUAUAAAAAAAUCUGUUUCCCCCAUUCGACUUUGCUGUAGGCUGGAGUCGCUUCUACUUAAAAAGAAAUUGUUGAACAGUGGGGAUACACCAAAUGAUCAUGCUUGUAAAAUUGAUAAACUAAAAGUUCUUUCCGAAUCUCUUCUAAGCUCAGCAUCUAAUUCUGAAAAGCGCGUAUCUGAUCAUCGGCAACAAAAAGAAGAAGCCCUUUAUUUCCGUGUAGCCAAAACUAGUGAAGUCACCCAAAUUGAGAAGGAGUUGGGAGCUGAAAUUAAUGAACUUGAGAAGCAAAGAGACAAACUUGAAACUGAAUUAAAGAAGGUCAAAAACUUGUUGGCUGUUGCAAAUGGUCGUCUUCAAAAUGCUACAGAAGAAAGGGAACAGUUUGAUGAUGCCAAUAAUCAGCUUCUUGUACACUUCAAGUCAAAGGAGGAUGAACUCUCGAAAGCAAUUAUUUCGUAUAGAGUAGAAGCAGAUACUUGUAAUGCAUUUGUUGAGUUUCUAGAAGCUGCUUGGGAUUUCCAGUAUUCUUUUAUGGAGGAAAAGGAAAAGAAGGUCAAUGAUGAAUUGGAGACUCAUGAAGAAUACUUUAUAAAUGUGGCUAGGAGUCUUUUAUCUGCUUACAAGGAUGCACUGGGACCCGCUAUCGCCAUUUUGAGGGAACAUGCUAAGAACUUGAAAAGGUAUGAGAAAGCAAUCGACCCAGAUGAAGAAUUUUUACAAGAUAUCGAACAAAGAAAAAGCCUUGAACAUGCAUAUCUAGCUGCAGAAACCAAGGUUAUUACUAUCUUCGGUGCAGCAGAUAGUGUUAAAGAGCAGUUUUACCAAGCAAUUGAUAAUGUUUUUAGGAAAGUUAUUGAACCAGUUCAUGAUUUAUGUGAAGCUAUUGAAAACAUCAAAAUUGAGUUCGAAUCUUUAGCAAGACCAUAUGUGAGUAAAGAUAAGUCAAGUCAUGUAGAACAAACAGUGUCAAAGGAAAGCCCAAAAAAAGGCGUAUCACCAUCUUCCAAACGUGUGCUUACAGUAGAUAUAAAAUCAAUCCUUACACAAAAACUGGUUAUACGAUCUCCAAAAAAGAAAGCAUAUAUACCCUUAGGUGGCAGUUCAGAAAACUCCCCAUCAAAUCCAAAUGUUGAUCAAGAGGGGGAUGAGGAGGAUCACAAGUCAUCAACCCCAAAUAAAGAACCAUCAAAAUCGGUCGAGGAAAUUGAUAAAGAAAAUACGGAAGAAACCAAUAUGUCACAACAUCCUUGUACUAGUGAAAAUGAGAAGCUUCUAGAACCUUGUAAAGAAUCAGAGAACUUGGCCUUGGAACUUUCUACAAGUAAUGACGAAAAGUUAGUUGACCCUAAUAAAGAGAAAUCAAAAACCAAAGAACGUAAGAAGAAAAAGUCUCAAAGUUCCUCAAGUGAGAGCGACAAGUCAUCAUCAGAAUAGGCCACUUAUGAUAUGCAUUCCACAUCUUUGUUUCGUUUAGAUUCCACACAGGAGUAACCUGAAUGUGAAUUUUAUGCAAACAGGUAAGUAAAGGGGGGAUGAUUUUCACACUAAAUACAGAAGCCAAAGCUUGUAAGUUGUAAAUCAAUCAUGUAGAAAUCGUACAUUUCAUAUAUUCAUAUAUUU